AUGGCCGCCGGUGCCAGGGCCGGUGCUUGGAGCAAGAUCCGGUGCUCUGGAGCCAAUAUCGAUAUUGACGUGCGCGGCAAAUCAGAUCGCAUCUAUCGCUUUUGGGGGACACUAGGCUGGAGUAAUAACCCGUGGAUCCAGGACGGCAAUGGCCUCUCGUUAAAAUCCGCUACCUAUGACAGGAUCGCCAUCUGCCCCAUCUCGGACCUGCACAUUCGGCGAACAGGGCCAACUGAAUUUAUUUUUCGCAUUAAGCCGGUUGGACCCCGAUCUUUUCACCACUCGCAGCCUAAACUCCGUCGGUGGGCGACGGCAAUCUUGCUGGCAUCCCCUACGUUCCCCAUUGGGGGCGAAUUAGCGCUCGAACCUGAGCUGGUUCUUCGCCAUGCACCACCUUUCGACAUGAAUGGACCUGGGCCUCGGUCCAACAAGGUCGAGUGGUCGGGAGGCGAGAGGGGUACUUGGAAGUCGCUGACCAGCCUGUUGAACUGCAGCAGAGUGCGGAUGGAAUUCGCUGGUUUUUCACCACUCACCUACCAGAGUUAUCUACUAAUUCGGACGAGGACAGAUCCGUUUGGGCCCUACGCUUGCGUCGUCACGGCGUCGUGUUUUACUCCCAUCCCGGGCAUCAUGGCUUUCCUUGGGCCGUCGCCGAGUCGGUCGCGAACUUAG